ACGAUGGCGUCCAUGGAAGAGACGAUCAAGAGCAUGCUCUGCGGCACGACAUCCGGCGGCUCGAGCAGCCUCAUCUCCGCGUCGAGCGAGUGGAAGGCCGUCGCCGCCUGCGCGGCCAAGCUCAAGGCCACCCAUUUGCGCGACGCCCUGGAGAACGCGGACCGCAACGCGAACCUCCUAACCGAGGCCGAGGGCAUCGUCCUCGACUACGCGCGCGAGAAGGUCGACGGCGACGCGAUGGCGGCGCUCUUCGCGCUCGCGCGCAAGGCGAACGUCGAGGCGAAGCGCGACGCCAUGUUCAACGGCGACGUCAUCAACGAGACGGAGCAGCGCAGCGUCUACCACGUGGCGCUCCGCGCGCCCAAGGGCUCGAGCCCCAUGCUCGCGAACGGCGAGGACCAGGUCGCCAAGGUCAACGGCGUGCUCGACCGCAUCGAGGACUUUAGCGACCGCGUGCGGUCGGGCGCGUGGAAGGGCGCGACGGGCGAGGCGCUGACGACGGUGCUCGCCAUCGGCAUCGGCGGCUCCUACCUCGGGCCCGAGUUCCUCUGCGAGGCGCUCCGCGCGGAGCCCGCGGCCGCGGCGGCCGCCGCGGGCCGCGACCUCAAGUUCGUCGCGAACGUCGACCCCGUGGACUUCGCGCGCCAGGUCGCGGGCCUCGACGCGUCGAAGACGCUCGUCGUCAUCGUCUCCAAGUCCUUCACGACGGCCGAGACGAUCAUGAACGCGAAGACCGUGAAGAACUGGCUCCUCGCGAACGUCAAGGGCGACGCGGACGCCGUCGUCCGCCAGCACGUCGCGGCCGUGUCGACGCAGCUCGACCUCACGGCCCAGUUCGGCAUCGCGCCGGAGAACGUCUUCGAGUUCGGCGACUACGUCGGCGGCCGCUUCUCCGUGCACUCGCCCGUGGGCAUGCUCCCGCUCGCGCUGCAGUACGGCAUGGCGCCGAUGCGGUCGUUCCUCGCGGGCGCGCGGAACAUGGACGAGCACUUCGCUUCCGCGCCGUUGGAGUCGAACCUGCCCGUCAUCCUCGGCCUGCUGGGGCUCUACAACUCGUCGUUCCUCGGCUACGAGUGCAAGGCGAUCCUGCCCUACGCGCAGGCGCUGCUCCGCUUCGCGGCCCACGUCCAGCAGCUCGACAUGGAGUCCAACGGCAAGUCCGUCGCCAUGGACGGGUCCAAGCUCGACUUCGCCGCGGGCGAGGUCAUCUUCGGCGAGCCGGGCACGAACGGCCAGCACAGCUUCUACCAGCUCAUGCACCAGGGCCGCGUCGUCCCCGCGGAGUUCAUCGGCUUCGCCAAGUCCCAGGCGCCCGUCCACCUCGACGGCGCGCCCCUGUCGAACCACGACGAGCUCAUGUGCAACUUCUUCGCCCAGCCGGACGCGCUGGCCUGCGGGUCCCACAACGACGACCCGCACAAGCACUUCGACGGCGACCGGCCGUCGCUCUCGCUCCUCUUCGGCGAGGUGUCGGCCUACACCAUGGGCCAGCUCCUCGCGCUCUACGAGCACCGCGUCGCCGUCCAGGGCUUCGUCUGGGGCAUCAACUCCUUCGACCAGUGGGGCGUCCAGCUCGGCAAGGUCCUCGCCAAGCAGGUCGCCGCGGCGCUCAAGGACGCGAAGACCGACGGCUUCAACUCGUCGACGUCCGCCCUCCUCGCCAAGUACAUCGCCGCCAAGUAGGCGCGCAUCCCGAAGCCUAAGCCCCCUUACCCGC